AUGACUGACAAAAAGCGAAAACCCAACUGGUCUGAGGACCAAAACCUGCUCCUGACGAAACUUGUUGACGAAAACAAAGCGGUUUUAUUAGGAAAGUUCGGGGCAGGCGUGAAAGCUCAAAAGAAAAAGGAAAAGUGGGUGGAGUUUACCCACACGAUCAACGCAGCCUUUCCAGGAUGCAUCAGAGCCCCCGAGGAGGUGGAAAAGAAAUGGCAUAACAUCCAAAGUAAAGCCAGGGGAGAAAUUGCAAGGUACAAGCAAGGUGUUAUCAGCACAGGUGGUGGUCCAUCACCAUGCCACAUCCGAGGUAGUGUGGGAUAUUCUGGGGCAGGAUAAUGUAUCCAUAUCUGGAAUCCCAUCAGCCAUGGACACAUCCCUCCUACAGGUGGUCAGCCUUUCUGACACAGUUAA